AGAAAUGUGUAGUACGAUUACAGUGGUCAAAAGUCAUUCAUUGAGGUCAAGAUAAUGAACAUACUAGUACACUACACCGUGUGGUUUUUAAACUAUUAAGAGUUUGUAUUAUACUACUGAGAGAGAAAAGACGUGUUUAACAAACGGGUAAUACCUAAUAUUCACUGGGAGACACGACCAUAUAUAACGACGUAUGUGGAUAUUUAUUUAUUGGUAGGUAAUCGAAAAGAGGAUGUUGCACCUUCACGACUUGCACGUGCCUUGGCGUGCUCUACAGAUUUUUAUCAACAUAUGUACAAUAGUGACAAGUUUCUGUACAUUUCUGCCGCUGGGAUAUGUUUCUAGUUAUUUCUCAUGGAACUGUGUGCUAUAUUCUGAUAUUCGCUUGACGGACCAGGUAAAUUAUACAACGAUUUAUGUGGACAAAGAACACACGGUAUGGGGGUCAGAAUCAACGUGUUACUACACAACAUACGCGCCCUUGAUGGCCGGAGUUCACGCCUUCAUAUGGUGCUGGUAUUUUCUGCUGAUGAAAGAUCAGCUAAAAGCUGAACACAAAGAGUUCCCCUUGUUAAUAGCUUCGUUUCUGCUGCACUGUGUUGUGUGUGUGGUGAUAUUUGUAUCAAGCAGUAUGACCAGUGCCGGGAUAGACUCCUGGUGCCACAGCCUCGUCACAGCGUUGAAGGAUAAAGGUCAAAGUGUUACGUGCCUAGAGACACAGAAAAUGGAUUGGCCUAAUGUUUAUACAGACGGACAGAAACAUUUUAUAUACUCAUUCCUACUAACAGCAAAGAUCUCAAGCUGGAUAGAGACAUUGACUGUUUUAUGUCAGAGUGUCGUGUGUGGUUACAAACUUUAUCAGUGGAUUCUCGGAACCACUCAUGGAGAGUUGGACUUGAGAAACUGUGGACGUACUUCUUCUUCUUCUGGGGACUUUAGUGAAAGUAACAACGGAUAUGAUAGUGACGAUGGUAGCAUUACCGUCCUACAUUCGGCAGACAGCGACGGGUACAAUCAAUUAACCGAGGAGGGGAGUUGAUACCACGAGGAGGGGAGCUGAUACCACAAGUUACAAUGUCAGGUUGUAGAAACAUUUCCAGAAAUAAUCAAUGGAACUAGCACCAGACAGCGAAACACACGACAAAUACCAACAAUUUUCCUUCACACAGCAACUGUUGUUUGAAGAACACGCAGGCUCCUCUAUGCCAGUCCGUCAGUGGUAUAUUACAGAAUUAUUAAUACCAAUGUUGUAUUCGACUCGUUUGGAUUUUGCCUGGAUACUACGAGGAGCUUGUGCCAAGUGUGAUCCAGCCUGGCAAAAUACACGAGAGCUGAAUGCUUCAAUGCAGAUCAAAACCCUUUUUAUUAUUAACAAAUACCUAUUUUUAAUGUUAUAUCAGCAAAAAUUGACUAUAAUCUUAUAAUAAGACUGAAAACGCGACUGGAACGGUGAAUAUUUUUAUGCAUGGAAUGUAGAGACGCCAUCAUUCACAUCAUUGCUGAUGGAAUAUUUUUCCGUAUCCGAUAGAAGUUGAAUACAAGAUUUUGUAUUCAUCUGAAAAUUUCAUGCUUCAUUUUAGACAGAAAAUUCGUAGGAAUAUGAUAAGUAACUUUAAUCUUUCCUUUGCACAAAAUAUACGAUAAAUGCGUCACAAUAUAAUUUGUCAAAAAAAUGUAAUACGUAAUUAUAUCCAGGUCAUGCCAAUUAUGAUCUUAUUCAAUGUAAGAUUUAUAAGUGAGAGUCUAUCAUAGUUUCUAAUUUCAAAAAUAUUUUUCGGCAAUGUAACCACUUGCUUUGAAGAUUUGUAUAUACAUCUUCAAGAUGCUGAUUUACUUCAAUAGUGCUUGUAAUACAAUACUGAAAAUACGUAAACAUGUUUUAACUAGAGGAUGCUUUUGUAGAAAAGCGCAUGUCUCCCCCAAUGUAUAGUCGUAUAGGCAAGAAGUCAGUAGGGGACAGGAGUACAAGUCAAAGAGACACUGAUGGCUGGCUGCAAUAGGGAUCAUCUCCUUGGCAUGUCCAAUCAUCCCACAUAGUUUCGACAUUCUGGGCCUAGUGAUUCUCAAGUAAUGAAUUGGAAACAGUUUUCCAUGUUCAGGCCCCUGUGACCUUGACCUUUGAUCGAGUGACCCCAAAAUCAGUAGGGGUCAUCUACUCUGCAUGUCCAAUCAUCCUAUCAAGUUACAACAUUCUGGGUCAAGUGGUUCUCAAGUUAUUGAUUGAAAUGUGUUUUCUAUGUUCAGCCCCCUGUGACCUUGACCUUUGAUGGAGUGACCCCAAAAACAAUAGGGGUCAUCUACUAUGUUAGUCCUAUCACCCUAUGAAGUUUCAACAUUCUGGGUCAAGUGGUCCUCAAGUUACUGACCAGAAAUGGAUUUCCAUGUUCUGUUAGCUGCGACCUUGACAUUUAACACAGUGACCCCAACAUAAAAAAUAGGAGUCAUUUACUCUGCAUGCCCAAUCAUCCUAAUAAAUAUGAAGUUUCAACAUUCUGGGUCAAGUGGUUCUCAAGUUACUGACCGGAAAUGGUAUUCCAUAUUCAGGCCCAUGUGACCUUGACCUUUAAUAAAGUGACCCCCAUUGAAUCUACUCUGCAUGUCCAAUCAUCCUAUGAAGUUUCAACAUUCUGGGUUAAGUAGUUCUCAAGUUAUUGAUCGGAAAUGGCUUUCCUUUCCAUGUUCAGGCCCCUGUGACCUUGACCUUUAGUAGAGUGACCCCAAAAUCAAUAAGGGUCAUCUGCUUUGCAUGACCAAUCAUCCGAUGAAGUUUCAACAUUGUGGGUCAAGUGGUUCUCAAGUUAUUGAUCGUAAAUGGUUUUCCAUGUUCAGGCCCCUGUGACCUUGCCCUUUUUCUAGAGUGACCCCAGAAUCAAUAGGGGUCAUCUACUCUGCAUGACCAAUCUUCCGAUGAAGUUUCAACAUUCUGGGUCAAGUGGUUCUCACGUUAUUGAUCGGAAAUGGUUGUUCAGGCCCCUGUGACCUUGACCUUUAAUGGAGUGAUCCCAAAAACAAUAGGGGUCGUCUACUCCAUAAGCCCUGCCACCCUAUGAAGUUUGAAGGUUCUAGGUCAAAUGGUUCUCCAGUUAUUGAUUGGAAAUGAAGUGUGACGGACGGACGGACAGGGCAACAACAAUAUGUUUCCCCCAGUGGGGAUGGGGGAGACAUAUUUAUGAUAUGGCAGUUUUUAUCAUUCUAGAUAAAAAUGUUUGAGCGAAAAUAACACUCACAGACACUAAUCUGUCAAAACAACAUUCUUCAUGGUUUACAUAUCCAUAUACAAGAAAAGACAACUCGUAUCCUGGCUAUCCGGACAGCGCUAGUCGUACAGAAGUGUCCCCGAUAUCUAGGACAAAACUUUCUUACAAAUAACUGGAAACUUACGAUCUGAACAGUGCAAAAAUAGGAUCUUCUUUUAUACAUAGUUUAAUGUAAAAUGUAUAUCUGACUUUGUGAAAUACAAAAAGACAACAACAAAUACUUAGUAACAUAACUUGUAAAAGUGCAAGUACAGUUAUACAAUGGGUUACUGAAAGUUUCAUUUGUUAGUCAUUUCACAUUUCACAAGUCCGUUUUCAAAGGAAGAGAAAAAAAAUAUUUUGUUGAUUUCUUUUCGAACGUUUAUAUUUAAUUUCCAAAUCAGCGAUUCUAUGCAACAA